UCCCCUCCUCCCCUCGCUCCUUAAACGGGAUUCCGGCUGGGCGAGCCGCCGGACGGCAUCACCGGGCAUCCCGCGGCGCGGAGCCCCGCAGGCUCUGGCAGGUCCCCGCUGUCCCUCCCCGCACACACACGCUCAGCCCGGCCCGGAAAGCAGGAAAAAAAUAAUUUACAAGGUUCCCCCCUUUCCCUGACCUCCUCGCCCGUGACUCCCGAGUAGAAAAAAAAUCGGGGGCGAAGGGGGGAGGUUGUUAGAAGCCGGUGAAGGGGCAGAGCCGCUCCGUGGGGAGGGCAGCCCAGGCAGCCCCGCCGCCCCGGGGAGGGGGGCAUGAGGUAGAGGCCGGCGGCGGAGCGCCCGCGGGGCGCCGUGGCCGCGGAGGGCAUGAGGCGGCGAGCGGCGGGGAUGGGCUCCAGCGCGCGGUGUUAGAGCCCGCAGCAGCCGAGCCUCCAGGUCGGAGAGGACAGUAGCCUGUGCGAUACGGCGGGAUCUGGUUUUCAAAAUGGAAUUGCAGCUGGCGCUCCUUUUGGCAGGGAUAAUUGCGUUUUCGGACUCGGCGCGAGGCCCCCCCAGGAUCGCUGACAAAGUGAUUCACCGCCAGUCCGUGAGGCUGGGCAGGACCAUCAAGCUGCUGUGCCCGGUGGAGGGCGACCCGCCACCCCUCACCAUGUGGAUGAAGGACGGGCGGACCAUCCACAGCGGCUGGACGAGGUUCCGCAUCCUCCAGCAAGGCCUGAAGAUCAAGGAGGUGGAGAGCGAGGACGCGGGGACCUACAUCUGCAAGGCCACCAACGGCUUCGGCAGCGCCAACGUCAACUACACCCUCAUCGUCAUCGAUGAUGCCAGCUCAGGAAAGGACAGCCAGGUGCCCGAAGGCUCCAAUGGAGAAUAUGAAGACCAUUCUGGGAAGCAGUGGGCCCGGCCCAGGUUCACCCAACCUGCCAAGAUGAGGCGCAGGGUGAUCGCCCGCCCCGUCGGCAGCUCCAUCCGCCUCAAGUGCGUGGCCAGCGGCAACCCCAGGCCCGACAUCACCUGGCUGAAGGACAACAAGCCCCUCACUGCCCAGGAGAUUGGGGAGAACAAGAAGAAGAAGUGGACGUUGAACCUGAAGAACCUGAAGCCGGAGGACAGCGGGAAGUACACCUGCAGGGUGUUUAACAAAGUCGGGGAAAUCAACGCGACGUACAAAGUCGAAGUGAUCCAGAGGACGAGGUCCAAGCCCAUCCUGACGGGGACCCACCCCGUGAACACCACGGUGGACUACGGCGGCACCACGUCCUUCCAGUGCAAGGUGCGCAGCGACGUCAAGCCCGUCAUCCAGUGGCUGAAGCGGGUGGAGUACGGCACCGAGAGCAAGUACAACUCCACCAUCGACGUCGGCGGGCAGAAAUUCGUCGUGCUGCCCACGGGCGAGGUCUGGUCCCGCCCCGACGGCUCCUACCUGAACAAGCUGAUGAUCACUCGAGCCAAGGAGGAGGAUGCAGGGAUGUACAUCUGCCUCGGGGCAAACACCAUGGGCUACAGCUUCCGGAGUGCUUUUCUCACUGUCCUGCCUGAUCCCAAGCCUCCCAGCGCACCCGUGCCGCCCUCCUCAGCCAGCAGCCUGCCCUGGCCCGUCAUCAUCGGCAUCCCGGCCGGGGCCGUGUUCAUCCUGGGCACCAUCCUGCUGUGGCUGUGCCAGUCCAAGAAGAAGCCGUGCUCCCCGCCGGGCACGGCGGCCCCCGCGCACCGCCCUGCGCCCCGCGAGCGCGCCGGCCUGGCCCCGCUCCCCGACAAGGACUGCAUCUCCUCCAUCAACUACGACGAGUACGUGGCCCAGCAGCAGCACCUGCUGUCCCAGGCGCCCGGCCUGGCCCCGGCCAUGGCCCCCAAAAUGUACCCAAAGAUUUACACGGACAUCCACACCCACACGCACUCGCACGUGGAGGGCAAGGUGCACCAGCACCAGCACAUCCAGUACCAGUGCUGAGGGCCGGCCCCGCGGCUCCUUUGGGCUUUUCUCCCUCGUGGUACCUCAGCAGAGACUGCUCCAAGCCAGCUCAGCACUGCCAGCAACAGGCAAAGCAGACAGAAAAGGUUAUAUAUGUAAUUUUAAAUAUAUAUAUAU